CUGUUUUGCUUCCUUCACGCACACGAGAUAAACCAACGUGGCUUUUGCUCAUGUUAAGACAUUUCUGCAGCUAUUAAAUGUAGUUACACGUUUAUUAAAGAAAAUAUUUUUAUACAAAGCAUCGCCAUCAACUUAACAAGACGUUUGAGGACUAAAUAAGUCAUUUUCUGCCUCAGAGACAAACUGUUCUCUGGGAAACAUGUUUAAUGAAGAUGAAGACUGGAGUGAUGAACAAGACGCUCAAGUUUUGAGCAAAACUGUACUUGGAAACACCCAGAAGACAAACAGCAGCACAAAUGUCAAGCCCAAGGUUGUUGGGAAGAAGAGUCUGCUGCGGACCCUGCAGACGCUGGGGUCAGUGCCCGAGUGGAAGAAUGAGGACCAUCAGCAGGACAGCGACAGUGAGGCAGAAGUCGUCCCAUCACACAGUAAGAAAAAGAAGAAAAGGAGGAAAAGGCGAAAGCAAACAGAGACAACAGGAGAGCAGCAAGAGAAUGGAGACGUAGAUCAGACUGUUGAUGAGGAGAAACCUGGUACAAAAAACAAAACAAAAGACAAAAAUGGGGCCUGGAAGGAAAAAACUACAUCCGUGGGCGAGACAAAGGGGGGAAAAAUGACAAAAUCUGCAACAGUUGAUGUAAACAAACCAGAGAACACAGAGCAACUGAGCAGACAGCAGUGGAAAAACAAAAUGAAGAACAAGAGGAAAUGUAAAAAUAAAUACAAGCAGAAUCAGCCAGAGGAGGAAGACAGUAAAGGAGCAUCUGCAGAGCAACACGAGCCAAAGGAAGGAGUCAAAAUAGAUUCACAUAGUAACAACAAAACUAGUCAGGCGCCAGGAAAGAAAAAGGAAAAGCAACGUAAACCACAGAAAAGGAAAAAGAUUGAAGAAGCCACUGACACAUCCGGUACAGCGCUCAGAGAAGGAAAGCAACAAAUUGGUGUCAAAUCUGGAAAAUGUGCAAGUGAAUCUUCUGCUGAAGGAUCAAAACAGAAAGCAGAUGAACCUGAAGUGAAGAUCACAGACGAUCAGCACCAGUCGCCUCCAAAAAGAUUGAAACCUGAGCUGAGCAAAGCACAGAUUCUGAAAAGAGAGAAGCUUCGGAAAAUGCUCCACAGCCAGGAGCCGGUCCAACAGGAGAGUCCUGCAGAGCAGAAAGACGAGCCGGCGUCGGUGAUACCAGAAGAAGAGGUGAAGCAGGACCGCUCCAGCUCCCUGAGGUCCCGCAUGGAGCAGCGGCUGGAGUCGGCUCGUUUCCGCUACAUUAAUGAAGUUUUGUACAGCACGACCAGCGGCGAGGCGAAUCGCAUGUUUAAACAGGACCCAGACUCCUUCGGGAUCUACCACAGAGGGUACACGGCGCAGGUUCAGAGGUGGCCCACCAACCCAGUGGACGCCAUCAUCUCCUACAUUCAACAAAAGCCUGCGUCUCUGGUGGUUGCAGACUUUGGUUGUGGUGACUGUAAAAUAGCACGUAGUGUGAAGAACAAAGUACACAGCUUCGACUUGGCAGCUGCCUGUGAGCUUGUCACAGUCUGUGACAUGGCCAAUGUGCCUCUACGGGACAGAUCUGUGGACAUCGCGGUGUUCUGCCUCUCUCUCAUGGGGACCAACCUGGCAGAUUUUCUAGCAGAGGCCAAUCGUGUCUUAAAGAACGGGGGUAUCCUAAAAAUAGCUGAAGUGGCAAGCAGGUUCGAGAACGUGCGCAACUUCACCACUGCACUGGGAAACCUGGGCUUCAAGAUGGUGUCAAAGGAUUCAGAGAACACUCAUUUCUACUCCUUUGAAUUAGUGAAGACGGGCAAUUCUCCAGAAAAUAUAAAGAAAUUUGGACUGCAGUUGAGGCCCUGUGUCUACAAGAAGAGAUGAGUUUAUGUGAGGAGUUGCUAACACUAUUUUUCAAGCAAGUGUGUUUGUGAAUGUGCAGCUUGGAUCGACUGUUUUCCAAAGCUGUAGUUGUACAUUUGUAUCUACAUGUUUUUGAAUCCUCUGUAAUUCACAGAUUUGAACAGAGCCGAGUUAUCUGCAUUAUUUGUACAUGAUUUUUCAUGUAAAACAGGAACAAUCUGUGAUCAUAUGCCAUCAAUGUUAAAAUGCAUGUAGGUUUUCAUCUAUUGCCUCUGGUUUAAAAUGUGCAGAGCAGUAAAAUAACCCUGAUUGGUGUUUUGUUGGAAUGAAACCUACAUACAUGUUUGGAUGGAAGAUUAUAUACAGGAUUUUAUAAGAAAACAAGUGUAAAUGUUAACCUUGGCUUGUUGAAAAAUACUGAAAAUUCUAGAAAAAGUGAAAAAAUAAAUAUACAUUUUU